ACAAACCUACUAUUAACUAAAUGUAAUAAUAGUCCCAUAGCAUAACAUUUAAAGACAUAAAAUAUUAACCACAGUAAUAUUGAUAAACAGUUGUUCUUAAUAUUUUAAUAAGAAUAAACUGAUAAAAUAAAUUUAUUUCAUAAAGUGAGCACAGGACUGGUGUUUGUCAAUCAGACGAUGAACUGGAGAGAUGCUCAGAGAUACUGCAGACAGAAUCACAUUGAUCUGGUCAGUGUGAGGAACCAAAAUGAGAAUCAACAGCUGGAGAAGUUCAUUAAUGACAGAAACUCAUCUGGAUCUGCAGUCUGGAUCGGUCUGUUCAGAGACUCAUGGCAGUGGUCAGAUCAGAGCAACUCCUCAUUCAGAUACUGGAAACCUGGUGAACCUAAACCUCCAGUUGAUAAACGCUGUGCAGUGGGUUUACGUCACUCCUGCGCUUUGGGCAUCUGGUUCUGGGUGAGUGGACAGACCGUGUGCUAUCAGAACUGGGCUCCAGGGAACGGCACAUCAGAGGAGGACUGUGAGCCCACAGUGAGAUCUGGAGCAGUUCAGUCUGGAGGAGAUCAGACCUGGAUCAGCCGUCCUGAAACUGACCGACUCAACUUCAUCUGCAGAAACUACUGAGAGUGAAGAAGUAAGAUGAGGAAUGUGUUCAUUUAUCACUGAAGUAAUAAUUUUACAUGAAAUCUUCAACAUCAGCAGGCAUUAAUGCAUUAUUAUAGUGAUGAGCAUAUCUGAAGAGCAGCUGUGUGGGGAUUUGAAAUCUUUCUGAAACUGCACUGUUAAAGCUGGGUUAUGUCAACUCAAAUUGGGUAAAAUAUAGAGAAACUCAAAUGUUGGUUCUAUAAAUUAAUUUAAUUGACAUGUGAUUUCAUUGAACCAAGCUUUGAUAUUUCAUA